UCCAUCUGAAUCUGCAUCUUAACGACUUUCGGUUUCCUCCUUGUCGGUCAAUUGCAGUUUUUGUGCGUGAUGUCUUUUUGAGGUUUUACUUUCAAAGGUCAGUCUCGGAUCAGUGUUUACAAGAGAGUCCUGCAAAAAAGUUGACUUUCGCCAAAUUUCACUUGAUUCAGAAUAUCUUGAAUCGCCGUAUUCCCCGGAAUUGGCGUUGCUGGAAAUUUUCUCAUGGAUCUCCGAUUUCCUGUACAUUCGCUCUGCGCAGCCAUGGAUUUACUAAAGGCUGAGAUUGCAAGAAAGCGUGACUACCUGGAAAGCAAUAAGCUUAUUGGGGAAACUAAAUACUUCAAGCGCUCUGCCUUGCUUCAAAAAGAAAAUGAGGAAUAUUUAGCCAAGUCAAAGCGAGCCAAAGAAUACGGAGAUGAUCAACGAGACGCUGACUUGUUUCAAAAGGCAUUGUUUAUUCUCCCUCAUUAUUUGUGUUUAGAAUGAAGAAGAGAACUUGCUACUUAAAAAGUUUGAGGAAAGGGGCCGAGAAGAACGAGAAAAGGGGAAGUUGAUGCCUCGCAAGGAGGUCAUUCGACUUCUUAGAGAGCGCAACCAACCAAUACGCCUUUUUGGUGAAAGUGACUAUGACACGUUUCAGCGGUUAAAACGCGUUCAGUUGCUGGAACCAGAAUCUAAAGGAAUGCGUAAUGAUCUAAUCGCAGCCCUUGACAAAGUCGAUGAUGCCGAAGACGAGGAGUUCUACAGUUCUGGCCGAGGCCGGACGGCUGCGGAGACACACGCAGCUGACGUGAAAACAAAGGAAAGUAUUCUGACCGAAGAAGAUAUUGACAAAAUGAAAUUAGAUUUAGCUUGCUACGUGGUCUAUCGCGAAGGGACUGCGACCGAUGAUGCCACAGCUACAGUGGUUGCAAUCAGUAAGCUAACGCCUACUACUAUCACUGGUGAACUCGAAUCCGACUUCCGUGAUAAGGUCACUGAACAUGUUCUACGCUAUUUGAAGUUUCUUCUUUCAAAGUGGGGUCAUACUCUAAAUGCCAGAUCGAAAGAGGAAAAGCUAUCCUAUUCGGGGAAAAUUGGUAGUGCAACUUACACACAGACUGUGGACUACAUCAAACCGCUUUUGAGAGCUUUGCAAGAAAAGUGCUGUCGAGAGGAUAUUCUGGACUCAUUGGUCAAAAUCGUCGCUCUGAUGAUGGACGGAAAUUAUUUGAAGGCCAACGACGCUUACCUUGAAUUAGCUAUUGGUAAUGCCCCUUGGCCUUUGGGGGUGACCAAUCAUGGUAUUCACUCCCGCACAGCUCAGGAGAAAAUUCACGCGAAAAAUGUGGCCCACGUCUUGAACGAUGAGACGCAGCGUAAAUACAUUCAAGCAAUCAAGCGGCUCAUGACCCAGUGCCAGAAAUACUUCCCUUCUGACCCAUCAAAAUGUGUGAAUUACAUGGGUUCCGGCUGAGCGACUGUUCUGGGAGUUUUCUGCGGGAGUUGUACAGUGUAUAGCCAAUUUCUGUUGGUUUCCAACUUCAGAGUGCUCCAAGCGGACCCAGUCACACUUUCUGAACCAUAAUCAUCCUGAUUGAUUGUUACGCUCUUCUUUUGCACAAGCGUUUGUCACACGAAUUUCUUUGAUACACCUUGUGUUAUGGGCGGCUGAUGCUUUGCUAAACUGUUCAUGAUACCCCUUUAACAGUUUUCUUCCGCCCGCCCAUACUUAUAUAAUUUAUUCUUUUUUCCAUCUCGCGAUAUUCUAUUUUAAUUUGAAUCACACACGUUAAUCGUGUUCCCUUCUCUCUUACGGCUCGUUGACGUUAGUACUCCUGCCUAAUCUCAAGUUUAUUAUUUUGUCUCACCACCUAUCCCUCUAUCACUUCUCCUUGAAGUAUUUCAAUUUCCUAUCGUAGUUAGGUGCAGUUUGUUUGGUGCUAUCGGCACCUACGCCCAAGAUACUAUUGAUUUACUGACUGCUCUCUACUCACCGAGCCUCACUUGUUGGCGUUCGUUUCAUCUCGCUUCCAAUUGUUGUGAUUAUAACUGAAUAAAAUAAAUAAGCAAUAUAUUCCUCGA